AAAGGGUCAGUGUAAUACUCUCCAAAUACAAAAGUUGUUUUUUUCAUAUCAAAGAGCUCAGUUAUUCCAUGGUGCACUUAAGCCAUAAAUAAAUUGUUAGCUUUUGAUAAUGGCUACUUCCAACUGGUUUGCCAUCAUUCUGAGAAGGCAGGAAGCACUUCUACCUCAAGCUUCCUACUAGUUUUUGGCUUUAAAUUUUGUUUUGGUCAGAAAAUAACAAUGACAAGAACACAUUGAUAGCUGUUUCCUGCUGGUGUUUGAAAGCUGUAACAACAGAAGUUCUCCUUGGGAAAAAUGGUGGCCAAGGCCAGAUUAGAUGGAGAUAUCACUUCAACAGAAAUGACAGGAUCAACAAGUGAUUCAUCAGUUCUAGAUCCUGGAAACAGGCUGCAGGAUUCAAAAAAGAACAAGAGCAAGGACCAAAGCAAUAAAUCAGUACCCUUUCAUAAGCUUUUCUCAUUUGCAGAUUCUUGGGACUAUUUGCUGAUGUUUGUUGGAACAAUAACUGCUAUUGGGAAUGGAAUCUCUAUGCCUUUAAUGACUAUAAUUAUUGGAGAUACAAUUGAUGCUUUUGGAGGAAAUGUUGACAAUAAACAAGUUGUUCAUGAAGUUUCCAAGGCAUCUCUGAAGUUUGCUGUCCUGGGUGUAUGCGCCUUUUUUGCAGCAUUUUUGCAGGUAUCUUCCUGGGUGAUCACCGGGGAGAGACAAGCUGCAAGAAUAAGAGCCUUAUACCUCAAAGCAAUUCUAAGGCAAGAUAUCAGUUUCUUUGACAAGGAAAUGAACAAUGGUGAGGUUGUUGAAAGGAUGUCAGGUGACAUUGUUCUUAUUCAAGAUGCCAUGGGUGAAAAGGUAGGAAAAUUCAUACAGUAUGUGGCAUCUUUUUUAGGUGGAUUAAUCAUGGCAUUCAUCAAGGGCUGGCUCCUAACCCUUGUCCUCCUAUCUGCUCUUCCACUUCUUGUCCUCUCUGGUUCACUAAUGAGCAUUGCUUUCGCAAAGAUGGCAUCGCGUGGACAGGCAGCUUAUUCAGAAGCAGCUGCUACAGUAGAAAGGACAGUUGGUUCAAUUCGAACUGUUGCAUCAUUUACUGGCGAGAACCAAGCUAUAGCUCAAUAUAAUCAGUCCUUAACUAAUGCUUACAGAACAGGAGUUCAGGAGGGAUUGGCUACUGGUUUAGGCCUAGGUUCAGUUCGUUUAUUUGUUCACUGCACUUAUGCUAUGGCUGUAUGGUUUGGAGGGAAGAUGGUACUGGAGAAAGGUUAUACCGGAGGUGAAGCAAUGGGUGCAUUCUUUGCAAUGUUGACUGGUUCCUUGUCUCUGGGGCAGGCAUUUCCAAUCUUAACUGCAUCUGCAGCAGGACAAGUUGCAGCCUAUAAAAUGUUUGAGACAAUAACGAGGCAGCCAGAUAUUGAUGUUUAUGACUCUACUGGUCGGCAGCUAGAUGAUAUUUCUGGAGAUAUAGAACUUAGGGAGGUUUGCUUUAGUUAUCCUUCAAGACCAAAUGAAGUGAUAUUCAAUGGAUUUUCUAUUUCAAUAUCAAGUGGAACUACUGCAGCUUUGGUAGGGCAAAGUGGGAGUGGGAAAACAACAGUUGUCAGUUUGAUAGAGAGAUUUUACGAUCCACAAGCUGGUGAAGUCCUCAUUGAUGGUAUCAACCUCAAAGUGUUUCAACUAAAAUGGAUCAGACAGAAAAUAGGUCUUGUCAGCCAGGAACCAAUCCUCUUUACUUGCAGCAUUAAAGAGAACAUUGCAUAUGGUAAGGAUGGGGCUACAGAUGAAGAAAUCAGAGCUGCAGCAGAGCUUGCUAAUGCUGCUAAUUUCAUACAUAAAUUUCCCCACGGGCUUGAGACAAUGGUUGGCGUGCAUGGAACUCAGCUUUCUGGAGGUCAAAAGCAAAGAAUUGCUAUAGCAAGAGCAAUCCUAAGAGAUCCAAGAAUUCUUCUCCUUGAUGAAGCUACAAGUGCACUUGAUGCGGAGUCUGAAAGAGCGGUACAAGAGACACUAGACAGAAUCAUGAUCAACCGAACAACUAUCAUUGUAGCCCAUCGCCUAAGCACAAUAAGAAAUGCUGAUAUCAUUGCCGUUAUUCACCAAGGAAAAGUAGUAGAAAAAGGCACACAUGCUGAACUCACUAAUGAUCCUGAUGGACCUUAUAGCCAGCUCAUUAGAUUGCAAGAAAUUAAAAGAGAGUCAGAACAGCAUGGUGAAAAUGACAUGGACAGGCAAGAAAAUUUUGUAGACUCUACAAGAGAAUCAAGCCAGCGGAUUUCUUUCCCACGGUCUUUAAGCCGGGAAUCAUCUGGAAUUGGAAACAGUAGUCAUCACUCAUCCAGAAUAUACAAUGAUAUACCUACCACACUAUUUCCUUCAGCAACAUCAGAUCCACCUUCAGAUGUCCCAAUUCUUCGCCUUGCUUAUCUUAACAUGCCUGAAAUCCCAAUGUUACUCUUAGGGACUGUAGCAGCUGCAGCAAAUGGAGCCAUACUACCCGCUGUGGGGCUCCUUGUCUCCAUUAUGAUAGAUACUUUCUUUGAACCUGCAGAUGAACUUCGUAAAGACUCAAAGUUUUGGGCAUUAAUAUUUGUUGCCCUUAGUGUGGCUUCCUUCUUAUUUUAUCCAUUGAGGACCUAUUUUUUUGCUGUUUCUGGUUCUAAGUUGAUAAGGAGGGUCCGAUUAAUGUGUUUUGAGAAAAUAAUUCACAUGGAAGCAGGCUGGUUCGAUAAAGAUGAGAAUUCAAGUGGGGAACUGGGAGCGAGGCUGUCAACUGAUGCUGUUUCUAUUCGAACUUUGGUCGGGGAUGCACUUGGUUUGCUGGUUCAAGAUAUUUCUACAGCAAUUACAGCCUUGGUAAUUGCCUUUGAGGCAAACUGGCAGUUGUCUCUCAUCAUUCUUGUUUUGCUACCUCUACUAUUAUUAAAUGGAUAUCUGCAAAUCAGGUCCAUGCAAGGAUUCAGCACAGAUGCAAAGAAACUAUAUGAGGAAGCAAGUCAAAUAGCGAAUGAUGCAGUAGGGAAUAUUAGAACAGUUUCCGCUUUCUGUGCUGAAGAGAAGGUGAUGGAGUUAUACCAGAAGAAAUGUGUGGGACCCUUCCAGACAGGUAUAAGGCAAGGUUUAGUCAGUGGAACUGGUUUUGGUUUAUCACUCUUCCUUCUGUUCUCUGUGUAUGCAUGCAGUUUUUAUGCCGGAGCCCAACUUGUUGAGAAUGGAAAAGCAACAAUCUCAGAGGUUUUCCGUGUAUUUUUUUCUCUCACAAUGGCAGCGGUAGCAUUAUCUCAAUCUAGCUUCAUGGCCCCAGGGGUGAGUAAAGCAAAAAGUUCUGCUGCUUCUAUAUUUGCUAUUCUUGAUCAGAAAUCAAAAAUAGACCCUAGUGAUGAGUCCGGAAUGACAUUUCAAGAUGUCAAGGGAGAGAUUGAGUUCCACCAUGUCACUUUCAAGUAUCCAACCAGGCCUAAUGUUCAUAUAUUCAGAGAUCUUUCCUUGAGGAUUCAUUCAGGACAGACAGUUGCUCUUGUAGGCGAAAGUGGAAGCGGAAAAUCAACAGUGAUCUCACUGUUGCAAAGAUUUUAUGACCCGGAUUCAGGUCAGAUUACACUGGACGGCACAGAAAUCCAAAAGCUACAACUUAAAUGGUUCAGGCAGCAGAUGGGCCUGGUAAGCCAGGAGCCUGUGUUGUUUAAUGACACCAUCCGAGCCAACAUUGCAUACGGAAAAGGCGGUGAUGCAGCAACAGAGGCUGAAAUUAUAGCUGCAGCGGAACUGGCAAAUGCCCACAAGUUCAUUAGCAGUUUGCAGCAGGGGUAUGAUACAGUAGUAGGGGAGAGAGGGAUUCAACUAUCUGGAGGGCAGAAGCAGCGGGUGGCAAUUGCAAGAGCCAUAGUAAAGAGUCCAAAAAUAUUACUACUAGAUGAAGCCACAAGUGCACUUGAUGCCGAGUCUGAGAAAGUGGUUCAGGAUGCACUCGACCGAGUGAGGGUCGACAGAACCACUAUAGUAGUGGCUCACAGGCUAUCCACCAUAAAGGGUGCAGAUUCAAUUGCUGUGGUUAAAAAUGGGAUCAUUGUAGAGAAAGGAAAGCAUGAAACUUUGCUCAACAAGGGUGGUACCUAUGCUUCUUUAAUAGCACUGCACACAAGUGCUAGUUCAUCUUAGACUCUUUGAGCUUGUUGCACCUGUUUUCUAAUGGUUUCUUUUCUUAAUCUCUUUUUCUGGCAUUAUUUCUAUGCAGUGUAACUUUCUUAAGACUUGAUUAUCAUUUUUAAUGGGUCUUAAAUGUAACGCUUUCAUUUCA